CCAACCUGCUAGCUGGAUGACGAGUCGCCGCAUUUUAAGACUGUGACUGAAGUGUGGACAUGGAUCUAAUGUAAGCCAGUGAAGAUAUUCGACCAAACGAGUGUCGAGAGACACCGUCGAGCUGCGUCUGUGGUUGUCUCCGCUGCCUUCACACAGUUAGCUUCAGUGCUAGGAAUGGCUAUAUCACAUUAGCUGUUAGGUAAAUGUAAGCUAGCAAUAACGUUUCAGUAGCUAACGCCGAUAGCAUCGCCUGUUUAAUGUUUGUUUUCUCACAGCUACAAGUUGACUAUGUAUGUAACUCACACGUACUGUUCAAACUGGCUCUGUAUUUAAUUACUCUGUGUAUAUAACUACCAGACAACAAGACAAAGCCGGUUUCCUUGACACCGUAGCUUCUGUUAAACUCGCCGAAAACGUAGCUCAGGUUGACCGUAAGAGACAUUCAACCACAAGGAGAUAAAAGCAACUUGCUGCGACACACUGCUGGGGAUGGCGUAGCUGCUUAGCAUGGCAGCAUCUCAUGGCAGUUCAUAGGUGCCACAGCAGGGGAGCGUACAGUGGUAGUCACAUCGUCCCUCAGCUGCCUCUUGAGGCCAACCACAGGAGAAAACAGCGGUGUCAAUCAGUCGGUGACGGUGAAACAUCACCACUGACACAAAGGACAAUGGAGUCUGUGAGGAGUGCUUUCCACGCUCAGCUGGCCACCGUCAUGGACUCGCUGCUGGCAGCCGCCGUGUGCGAGAUCGCCAAGAUCUUCGAGGGCAGCCUGUGUGAACAGCAGGCGGAGCUAGUGCAGAAAACAGAGGAGAUCUCCAUCCUCCGUGGCAAGCUGGAGAAGGUCGAGAGGAGGCAGAAGGUGAAGGGUGGAGGGAGCGAGGAAGGGGAGAUGUCAUCAGGAGAAAGAGAAGGCGGCUUGAGGCAGCAGACCCCGAUAGGAUCAGGACUGAAUGUGGGAAAGGAUGUAUUGUCUCAUUCAGACCCAGUAGAAGGACUCAAUCAGAGCCUCGGCGGGCUGAAAGAGGAGGUCACUGGCCAGGAUGGAGCUUCAGUUAAACAUGAGCGUGCUGGAUCACGGCCUACACUGGGGUCUGUCGCUGUCCAAGUCCCAGAGGGAGGCCUCUCUGCUGUGGACCAGAGGCAGAUAGAUACUUUGUCUGUCACACAAGCCAAGGCCAAAUUGUCUCAUUGGGAUCAGGGCGGCCGCAGUGCAGACCACAGAACACUCCAGGAUCAAGCCUCUGCUCCUUUUCUAUCCAUCUCCCAGAGUGGGCGUUGCUCCCCCAGGCCUGACCCGAGCCUAGCUCAACCAGGGGAGUGGUUACCAGGGUUAGACGCCGCCCGAGGUGGGGUGUCCGGUCUGGAGAACCUGCAGGCAGAUGGCACCAGCUGCUCUGGUCCAGCGAGCAGCAGCACUGGCACAGACGCAUCCUGCUUCCGACCUGGUUUUGGCUCUGACGAAACCAGCAAUGAAGAUGACGAUAGCUCUUUCCCUUUCCUGGACCAGGAGCCUGAGAACCAGAACUCCAAUCAGAACUCAGUGCAGAGCCAGAGCCUGGGGCAGAGGGCGGCUCGGCAGCUUCAAACCCAAGCCCCCACUGGUGAAUCACCAUGGAGGCCCCGAGACGACAGGGGUGGGAGAGGCCCCAUCAACCACACACGGCGGGUCACAACAUUUGGCAACAGAGACCCUCUCCGACCGCAGUCCAAUUCACAGUCGCUUACGCUUCGACACACAAACACUCUCAGCCACCCUGCAGCUCCUGGCGGAGGGAACGGACGGCCUUACACCUGCCCAUACUGUACCAAGUGUUUUACCUACCCCUCCCACCAGCGCAGACACCUUUUACGCCACACAGGAGUCAGACUGCAUCCCUGUCAGUUUUGUGACAAGAGCUUCCUCACACCCUCUGAGCUUACUGUGCACACUCGCACACAUACGGGGGAGCGGCCUUUUGGCUGCGCUCAGUGUGGUAAACGUUUUGCCCGCAGCGGGAACUUGAGAGCCCACCAACGGGACGUUCACAUGGGGAAGAGGCCCUUUGCUUGCACAGAGUGCGGGAAGAGAUUUGCUCACAGGGGAAACCUGAGGGUACACAAUCACAGAGUCCAUCAAGGAGAUCCGUACUACAUGGAUGAUCAGCAGGAGCCUGAAAUGGGCCCUAAUCCCAUUUAAAAGUAACAGUUCUGCAAUUUAAUUAAACCCUUAAAGUUGUUUCAGGAUUGCUUGUUGGUUCUGACAUAAUUACUGAACCCUUGAAACAGUUUGAACGUUUUUGUUUGAUGUUUGUUUUUUCAGAUUUGAUGCCGUGCAACCAUAAAAUUAACCACCAUCAGAUUUUAUUAUUAAUGACGAACAUAGUCGAAGUUUAUUUUAGUGGAGUGGAAUUUUAUUUUCAAAUAUGAUUCACUGUCAGAAUUAUGGGUCACGCUAAAAGGAAAAGCUUUAUAUUUAACUGUAUUGUAAAUUAUUGGAUAUUAUCAACCAUUAAUAAGAAAUAUUGGCUAUUGUUGUAAAGAAUUUGUUUUAUUACCCAAUCUUCCAACAAUGUUCUUCCCUCCAUAUCAGUGAACAGUCACCGAUCAGAUCUGAGUACCUUUUCAUUACUUGAAGUAAAAGAACUACAAAGAACUAGACAUGUGGCAUGCAGAGGUAGGAUAGCACCUCUCUUCCUUCACAAUUGUGCUUAUACUGCCCAUUCAUCUCAAACUUUUAUUUCGACUGUAGUAAAUUGAAAAUGUGUAAAUGCAACAAGUAUAUAACCGUGUUGUUAAAGAAGAGCUGUGCUUUUAUUUUCCAUCCUGUUCAGUGAAAUUAAAUAAUAUACUCCAUGUAUAAA